AGCUUAAUCUUUUCGUACAGAAUUUGAGUCUAUUUGGGAAAAAUAAAUAUGAAAACGUUGGCACUUCUUACCACGAGUGAGAAGUACUACCCAAACUAAAGUUCCUGGAGCCAAACAUUGUUAAUCAGAAGCAGAAGCAAAGGAAAAGAAAUGCAGAAUUUCGAAGAAUUACGUCUACAAACUGAUCAGGUUAAUCCUCUGAACUCUACGAGUAAAACAGAGAUCGACAAAACCUUGAUAACGCUCGUGAAAAAAAUGUACCCUAUUUGGGAUAGGACCUGUAACAAUUACCCCAAUAAGCAGCUCAAGAAUCAGCUAUGGGAGAACAUUGCUACACAGCUCAACUUGGACAAAAAUGCUUGUAUGCUCAGAUGGAAAUCUUUGAGGGAGAAAUAUAUAAGGCAGAAAGUGAAAUACCAUCAAGACGGUGAAAAAUGGGAGUUACUGGACGAAUUGAGUUUCUUAGAUCGAGUGAUUCAAUUUAGAAAGAAGCCUUCGGAUCACGACCGCAACCCAAAAGACCCCUUUCUGGACAACCUUCAAACCAGCAACCACUUCCCAACGUACCCGAAACACUCAGACACUUCGCAAUUUCCCCAAGAAACCGACAGCAGUUUUUCACAGCUCCAUUACAGCUACGAAACGGCAGACGACAGUUCCAUGAACGAUUCCUCAAAUGACUACAUGGUACAAGUGAAAAGCGAAAAUACCACGAUUGAAGUGCCAGACAGCUCUUUCAGUUCGAAAUCCAGCCCAAGGAAACGCGGUAGCAGUGCAAACAGCGAAGUCUUUUCGGAGAAAAAAUCCAAGACCGAGGUGCCAGGAAGGAGUGCUAGCCCUAAGAGCCCCGAAGAACUGUUUGGGGAAUUAGUGGGGGCCAUGUUGAGCAGGAAACCCGAGUGUGAUAGGAACAGAUAUAUGAUAGAGAUCAUGACAGUAUUAUCAAAAUAAGUUGGUUUUACAAACUUGAAAUUCCGUAUGGAUAUUCAGAGUGUGAUUUAUUGUAGGUACCUACGUUUUUAUUUUAAAGAGAUGAGACUAAUACUA